CCUCACAGUUCUAUCAUAAAGUCUAAUACCUUAGGUAGUAUGGAAUAGUUCUGACACAUCUCUCACCAGAGGCAGCUCCCUUAGUUAUAGCUCACCUAGUAAAGAAUGACAACAUCUGGCAACAAUGUUUUAAAAGUAGUGUUGCAUUGUGUUAGAUUCCGUUACAACCUCCAGUUCUUUGUUUUCCCAUCUUACUGAUGCGUAAGCAGUUGUUUUUAAUGUAAGAAUUCACAGGUUUUCAUGCAAAUGUAUUAUUCCCUCGUUUCCCUUCAUAUCGAACUUAGAGAUGUAUUUGACUUGAGAGUUCUAAUUUUGUUUCUAGAAUGGUUGCGGUCUUUCAUGCUUUAGUGUGAUGUCUACAUCCCAUAGCUGUACUCUAUUUGCUUUGAACAUACUAAUUUUCUUACUGUUUUCCAUUGCUGUUGCACCUUUGUUCUCUCUUCUGGCUUCACAUCUUGCAUGAUGCACAGCAAACAGACAAAUCAGUGUAUCGUGUCUAAUUUGUAUUUUAAACAUUGCUUAUUUCCAUACUCCAAAAUUAUAUACAAACCAUCCAGUACUCAAAAGAUAAGAAUACAAAACUGAAAUCAGAUUGGCACUAAUCUGCAAAGAUUGCGUGUUACUCGUGGCACAAUGAAAAUCUGAAUGUCUGCAAACAUGAUUUUGGUCAACUUGCUCUGUGUAUUUUGAAACAAAAAGGAGUUCUGUAAGUGGGUCAUUAAAGAGUCAGAACUUUUAUAUCCACAACAGACCUUUGACAUUUGAAACAAAGCCUGCCAGCAUUAGCACACUGUAAAUUAAGAAAAAGGAAAUACAACUUACCUGCCAGUCCACCUGUGAUAGACACAGGUAAGCAGUAUGGUUGUUGGGAAUAAACAAUCACAGAGAUAAAUGCUAAUGGUUUAGUGUCAUCUAAGCAGUCUUUUCUAAGAAAAAAAAGAUACUGUUAGUACAACGUGGGGACAGGAGUAUGUUCCUCCUGUGUUUUUACACUCAGCUGUAAUUUCACCCUUUGUUAGGAUAAGUCUCACAUAUUGUGGUGCAAAAAUAUUUGUGAUAACGGAAUUGUAACUGCAUUAAAAAUGCCACUUCGGAGAAGGCAGCUUGUGCCUAACCGUGGCAAGUUAGCUAAGGGCAGAACAAAACUGAAGCUGCAACAGUAACGCAUGUUCUUUGUGAACCUGUUUCUCUCCAGGUAUGUAGAAGCUUCUGAAGCGGUGGCAGAGGAGGGAGACAAGGCAAAGCUGAAGACCAUCGGGUUAAGCUGUGUUUUAAACAUUGGCGCUUGUAAACUGAAACUGUCGGAUUGGCAGGGAGCCAUCGAAAGUUGUUCAGAGGCUCUUCAAAUAGAUCCAGCGAAUACUAAAGCUCUCUACAGACGGGCUCAAGGAUGGCAGGGAAUAAAAGAUCUUGAUCAGGCACUGGCUGAUCUUAAAAAGGCUCAUGAAAUUGCCCCCGAGGACAAAGCUAUCCAGACAGAAACACUCAAAAUCAAACAGAAGAUAAAAGCUCAGAAGGAGAAAGAGAAGGCAGCUUAUGCUAAAAUGUUUGCUUGAUUUUUUUUAUUCCUAAAUGUUGAAUUCUAUGCACUAACUCAUGCAAAAUGCUAAACAGAGCUGUAUGUAAGUAAGUGUUCCUUCUUUCAUUUGCCCUGUACUGCAGUUCUGUGUUUACAACUUACAAGUCUAAUAAUAAAGACAUUGGUCAAAGGUCAA